AUGUUUCCCAUACCUUACCCUUCUUCGAGAGUUUCUCAACUAGAUGCAAGUAUUCUAGAUUCGGAGUUGCUCACACUCUUGAAAGAUCAGCUUUCGUCAAUUUUCCAACUUCACGAAAACUCCAACUCGAUUGCUAGUAAGCUUUCGUAUAAUCGACAUCCCGAAACAUAUUCUUUACUUUUGAACUUGCUCAUUUUCAGAUUGACAGUUUGGAAAUCUGGGUCGUCUUAUGGUUCAGCUUUGCAGAAUUUGAAACUUACUGACACACGCACGGGGAAGGUUAUCGGGUUCAACAAGAGAGGACUAUUGUUGGUGGCGUUGGUGGGGACAUACUUGUAUAAAAAAGUGGAAACUGCACUUUAUCAAGUCAAUGACGUACUUUCCGGUGAUGGCGACGAGGGUGACUCGUUGCUUUAUAGGUUGAAGAGCGUUGCUCUUAAUAACCGAACGGCGGUUUUGACAAGGAUUGACAAUACUUUGAAAACUGUUAAUUUGCUCAAUUUUACCGUAUUUUUAAUCAACGGGAGAUAUCCAUCCAUUCUACAUCGGUUGCUUGGGAUCACUGAGACUCCGGUAGUUUCAGAUUUGUUAAAGUUCAAUGGAAGCAAUGUUAAUUAUGAGUUUCAAAAUCGACAAUUGGUGUGGAAUGUCAUGACGGAAUUUUUGGUGUUUCUUUUGCCAUUAUUGCAAUUGAAACGAAUUGGUAAAUUUACAAAAAAGUUGUUUCAUAGAGCUAAUGGACCAAAUGCAUUCGAGUUCGAACCAGGUAGCAAGAAACAAUUGACUCCAUACACCAAUUUACCGGUACUGGAAUGUGCAAUUUGCCAUUAUAACAAUCAUCAAGCAGCACAGUCAGGAGGGCGUGUGUUUACGACAGCGGGGCCGGUUACCAAUCCAUGUAUCACCAACUGUGGUCAUGUUUAUUGCUACGUGUGUAUUGCUACUCAGUUCAAUGUGAUGAAAUCAAGUGGUGAUGACGUUCCAUGUUUGAGAUGCAGUAGCAAAUUGGAAUGGUUCAAAGAGUUUGAAGCUGACGAAAAGGCAAUUGAUGCGGACGCAAUAACAAUAGCAAUGAGUGAUGAAGACAUCUCGGACGAUGAGGAAAAACAAGUUGUUGAUGAAGAUAAUGAGAGUAAUGGUGAAAGCGACAAUGAUAGUAUUGUUGAGAGUGGUGAUGAGAGUAUGGACUCGAGUGACGGAAUAGUAGAUUAUACUCUGGAGAAACGCAUGGGUGUCAAAAUUGAAAGAAAACGCAGCAGUGUGCUGAACAUAUUUCAGGACGACAGCGAUCUGGGAAGUUUAAGUGAGGAUGACUAUAGUGAAGAAGAGGAGAUCGAUGCUGAUGAGGCAUUGCUUUAA